ACUCGUCGUCGUUUUUCAGCAUCCCAAGCUCUCCAUCUAGCCGGAGAGGUGCUGGCGGUGGGGAUAGGACUGAAACCAGCGCUGUUGUAUGAUUGUGGGGCAGAGGGUACCAAAGAGAUGCUGCGGUACCUGCGCGGGUUAAGGGAUGCUGGGUUAUCCUCUCGGCGCCUCCACGUGUUGGGUAUAGAGGGUUCUGUGCUGCUUCUGAACCCGGAGCUGGCUCGGAAAAGGUUGGAAGAUGUGAUCUGUGCAGACUCUGUGUUGCCUUUUGUGGAUGUCUCAGCCAGGAAGAGAUGCCCAACUCUCUGCGGGAGAGCUCAAGGUGAGGUUAGCAAGAGUCAUCUCACCUCCCUCCUGGCCCAUCUAGAGGCUGCUGAGACCACCAGUGCUGACCCAGUGUCCUCCAGUGAGGUUGUCCUGACAGGCUGGAACCUCUGUACAAUAUUUGGGGUGCUGCUGGGGUACCCUGUGGUGUACACCUUCUGCACAGAGGAGAGUGCUGAGAACUGCCUGGCACUGACCCCACUGAGGGUGUUCACAGUCCAGGCCUCCUGCCCCAGGAUAAAGGAUGGUCUCAGAAUCCAGAUCUACUCCUUCAGCAUCCCAGAGAGCCUCUGUGCACAGCUGGCAGAGGUGCUGGCUGCCUGGCAGGAGGAGCUGAAAGAGGCAUUCAGUGCCCAGAGUGACUUUGUAGAUCUCUGCGUUUCGAGCGAGGUCGUGUCACUUCCAGCAGUUGCCUUGUGA